AUGCAUCGCCUCCUCCGCCGCACCCAUUCGGCGGACUUCGACGCGCCGGCGCCCCCUCCCUUCGCCGCGGUGCCCCUCGCUGCCGCCGCACCUGCCGCACCAGCGCCCGCGGACACCACUCCUCCGGUCGCCACGGCUCCCGUUGCGCGCCCCGGACCCCUCGUGUCCGACCGCGGCAAGACGCCCGUUCCCGAGGGCGCCUUGGCCUCUUCCUCGUCAGCACCCCGCUCGGCUCCCGCGCCCAUUACGGGCAUUCUGCGCACCGCCGGCAGUACUCCUGCUCCCCGUCUCGCACUCGGCGGCACCAGCGGCGCCCUCGUCCCUCACCGUGUGGGGGGCACCUCUGACGCGGGCCCUUCCUCCAUUGCUGGUCUCCCGCCCUCCGUCGCGCACUACUUCACCUCCAAACUCCAGCUGGAGUCGGGGAACUACUCCCGCUGGCCCUAG